AGAGUGCAAAAAAACGUCCUGAACGUGGUGAAAGUAUAUUCAAUCCUCCUCUCUCCCUCCCCCCUCCCCCUUCCCUCCCUUCAUUAAUCCAUUAAUCCAUACCAUGACAUGAGAUUGGUCCAUGUCGAAGGAGGAUGGGCAAAUCGCAAGGCAAGAACAGCCACGCCCCCGACGCCAUGCUGCGGAUGAAUUUUCUCUUUCAGGCCAGUCUCCAACAGACCCGACACCAUCAUCCUGUUUUAGCCUCCUACUACGGCCAGAAUCUUAAGGCCGUGGGCCAAAAAGCCACGGUUCGCGUCUCACCCGAAGUCAAACGAGGCUUGUGUAAAGGUUGCCACGGGCCUUUGGUCUUGGGCGUGUCGGCUCAAGUCCGAGUGCGAGGACCGCCUACCGCCAAGCUGACUUAUAUUGAGUGCCUGAACUGUCACACCACCAAAGUCUUUCCCAUUAAAACCGCCGAUGUUAAGUGA